AUGGUUCGAUCUCUUCCUUUCGUUCUUGGCUGCACCGCCGUAGCAUCCGCACACUCGUGGCUAGGAUGUACCGACCAAGACAACAGACAAAUCCUCGAAUGGAUGAAGGGAAAUGCAACCGAAUACAAAGGUGCCGGCGAUCUUUUUGUAGACACCUUCGCCCCGGGACUAGCAGUCUUUUGCAAAGGAUGGCCUCGCGCCAAACACAACCCGGGGAACUGGAUCGACGAGUCCAGCAACUAUCUCUGGGACAUCGCCGCCCAAAGCGCCAAAGGGGACACCCACGCCUGCCACCCCUCGCAGCGCACGUCCACCUACUUCACCUCCGAGAACGCAGGCAUGGCCACCACAACACCGGGCGGCAGUAUCAAACUCAUGUUCGGCGGCAACGGGCAUUCACGCGGCGCGAACGUCGAUGGCGGCCACCCCGGUACGGUCGCUGUUUACUGGAAGGGAGGCAAAGAGAAGGAGAUUGAGGAUAUCAAAGAACUCAACGAGGAGAAUAGGCUAAAGCAAAUUGGGUUUGCCGAAGAGGCGUUUGUGUGGCCGGAGGACAAGAACGUCAAGGCGCCGAGUGAGGGAAUGCUGGAUAAGGGGAACUGGAUGACGGUUGAAAUGCCCAAGGAUAUGGAGAAGGGAAGGCAUAUGUUUGUGUGGGCUUGGGAGUAUGGAGGCAAGCCGAGGUGGAGCACUUGCUUUGAUGUCAUGAUCGAAUAG